GACUGUUUUGCCAGCAUUGAAGAUGGCAGCCCCCUAGGUGGCUCACUUUCGCAGUGUUUGCACGGGGCUGAAAGAAAGAGAAACAGACGGAGUCCGUGCGGUGACGUCACCGCUGUGUUGAUUUGCUAACCUAAAAGCUGAGAGGAGUUAGUGAUUGAGAGAGCGGGUACUGUGAACGGCUCUACUAUGCUGCUGCCUUAAUAACAACACAUUCGGAAAUAAAACGUGCAGCCUAGGUUUAUCUUGUUUACAAAGAUAACUUGGUACACAGCAGAGGAAACGACAGCCUAAUGAGUUGGUCCAACAGACAUCAACGCUAUGGAUUUGACUAAAAUGGGAAUGAUCCAACUGCAGAACCCCAACCACCCCACAGCGCUUCUGCUGAAGGCCAACCAGAUGCGCCUGGCAGGGACGCUGUGUGAUGUGGUCAUCAUGGUGGACAACCAGGAAUUCCACGGCCACCGAACAGUGUUGGCUUGCACUAGUAAGAUGUUCGAGAUCCUGUUUCACCGAAGCAGCCAUCAUUACACUUUGGACUUUCUCUCACCAAAGACGUUCCAGCAGAUUUUGGAGUAUGCCUACACUGCGACACUCCAAGCUAAAGUGGAAGACUUGGAUGACCUGCUGUACGCAGCAGAGAUCUUAGAGAUAGAAUACUUAGAAGAACAAUGCCUGAAGAUCCUGGAAACCAUCCAGGCUUCGGACGAGAAUGAUACUGAAGUCAACAUGAACGAAGGUGGCGCUGAGGAUGACGAAGACCGCAAGGCCAAGUACAUCAAGAACAUGUCAAAGAAGCAUUCCAUGGAGGAAGGUGGUUAUGCCAAUGCAGCCCAACAGGGGCUGGCCACAGGUACAAUGGUAGAUCAAAGUCCUUCUGUUUCAACAUCAUUUGGACUUUCCACCAUGAGCCCCACAAAGGCUGCAGUGGAUAGCCUGAUGAGCAUUGGGCAGUCUCUUCUGCAAAGCUCUUUUCAACAAGCUCAAGUGAAGACAGAGAUAAUGCAAGUGGAUGAAGUGUCGGGCCAGGAGAGCCCAGCGACGUCCGAAUCCACUUCUUCCAGCGGGGACAAGAGUGGCGAUUCGGAUAAAAACAAGGACGGCCCUGGAACACCUACCCGCAGCAGCGUGAUCACAAGUGCCCGUGAACUGCAUUACGUUCGUGACGAGAGCGUGAGCGAUCAGCAGGGCGAGAUGGGCCAAGUGGGGCUGGAAAGCCUGGCUUCUCUGCACGAGAAGCACCUCGCUUCUUUGUACUCUCUGCCGCCCAACCAUAAAACUGAAACGCUGCUGUCGGUGCCGGCUUCCAUGGCGUCUGCCCUCCACAUGCAGCCAGCACUCGCCAUGUCUGUGGACUUCACUGCUUACGGGGGGCUUUUGCCCCAGAGCUUCAUUCAGAGGGAGUUCUUUAACAAGCUGGGGGAGCUUGCGGCAGGGAUGAAGCCAGAUCACAGGAGCCAGCAUGAGCGCUGCAACGUAUGCGGGGCGGAGCUGCCAGAUAAUGACGCCGUGGAACAACACAGGAAGCUACACAGUGGAAUGAAGACCUAUGGGUGUGAGCUUUGUGGAAAGAGAUUCCUGGACAGUUUGCGGCUCAGGAUGCACCUGCUGUCUCAUUCAGCUGGUGCGAAACCCUUCGCCUGUGAUCAGUGUGGAGCACAGUUCUCACAGGAAGAUGCUUUGGAGGCCCAUAGACAAACACAUACAGGGUCCGAUAUGGCCAUCUUCUGCCUGCUGUGUGGCAAGCGCUUCCAGACACAACCGGCCUUGCAGCAGCACAUGGAGGUCCACGCGGGGGUGAGGAGCUACAUCUGCAGUGAGUGCGACCGAACCUUCCCCAGCCACACCGCCCUGAAGCGCCACCUCCGCUCCCAUACAGGCGACCACCCGUUCGAGUGUGAGUUCUGCGGGAGCUGCUUCCGGGACGAGAGCACCCUGAAGGGGCACAAGCGCAUUCACACCGGAGAGAAACCCUACGAGUGCAACGGCUGUGGCAAGAAAUUCAGCCUCAAACACCAGCUGGAGACCCACUACCGUGUGCACACAGGAGAGAAACCAUUUGAGUGCAAACUGUGCCACCAGCGUUCCCGAGACUACUCCGCUAUGAUCAAGCACCUGCGCACCCACAACGGAGCCUCCCCUUACCAGUGCACCAUCUGCCUGGAGUACUGCCCCAGCCUCUCCGCCAUGCAGAAGCACAUGAAGGGACACAAGCCGGAGGAUGUGCCCCCAGACUGGAGGAUAGAGAAGACCUACCUGUAUCUAUGCUACGUCUGAGCGAAACAAGAAGGAGAAGAUGGGGAACAGAAUAGUACAAGUGAAAGGGCUGGGCAGAGGAUAAAAAGGAAGGAGGGAAAAGGAGGGCUCGGUUUGUAAGACUGGGGGAAUUGUGACCUGUUUUUCAGGUGUGCACUUUCUGCAAAACUGACCACUGCUUAAAAAAAAAAAAAAAUACCGAAUUACACACAGAUACACACAAACAACAUAGCAUUUCUGUAAGUACCUGUGGAAUAACAACAACUAUUUCAUGCUUUCAAGUCUCUUUCUUAACUUUACAGAACCCGGGAGAGGGUUAUGAUAAGCUUGCCAGUUUUUAAGGUUUGAAAAUCAAAACAAGGUUGUGCCAAUAGCCCACAGCCAAUAGAUCAAAACAGAGCAGGAUCCCAGUAUUGAGCCAGUGCCCAGAUUGUAGGGAGGAAAGAUGGGUCUGUACUGGCUGUGGCAGUCCUUGUUUUGAGGUGUGUUUUUGACUCCUUGUUGUUGUUGCUGACCAGUAAUAAGUGAAAGGGUAGCUCAGCCCCACACAGUGUUAAAUAAAUAACCCCUCCCCUGCUGGCAGAUUGUCUUUGUUAUUCAUCGUGGCUUAUGUUAUGACACACUGUGGAUGCUUUGAAUAAGGCUCCCCCUGCUGGACAUGCCCCAGAUGGAUACCGAGAGCACUUAAAUCCCCAAUGCUUGCAGCCUUUACCAUGUGUCAUGAUUCGUAUAAAGGCUGUCCCCAGAAUAGUGGUGGGAAUUCAUAUACCAUUUUAAAACAAGUUACGCAAUAUGAAAUGACCCCCCCCCCCCCCCCCGUGUGUGAAUUAAUAAAUGUUCAGGGUUAUGAUUUCAUAUAUCAGUAAAUACACACAUGGAAUGUGUUUCAAAGUCAAGGAGAUCUCAAAACCCGACUUCUUCUCCUCCUCUUGAUUGCGUGACAUUUCUUGUAAAGUCCUGCCAUUUCGCUGGUUCUGAAAGUGAUGGUACAGCAACAGCAGUCUGUUAAUAUCGACUGUCAUGCCCAUACCGUAGCACUAGGAGCUUGUUCAGUAUUGUGAGGAACUCCUAUAUAGCAACUGAAGUAUUCCCGGUUUGCAGCGUUCACAAUACCUCCUUGGAAGUACAUGAUGACUACAAACAGGGAGGCAAGUUUUGGCCCGAUCUAUAAAACAGAGUACAGCCUGUCUGUCUGUUUUUUGUUUGUUUUGCUUGUUUUUUUAAAGAAACUAUUCCCUUAUUUCAGAAUUCCCCAUUUGCUCCCUAAAUAUUGUGUGUACCAGAGAUGUAUUACUAUUAUUAUUUACACUUUGGCUCGUGUCAAAAAAGGACAAACACAAAUGCAAAAUGUUUUUUUUUUUUUUCAGUACAGGGUUUGCAAUUCAUGAAUAACAUCCAUACACUAAAACCGUUUUCAUGCUAAUACGGAAGAGACCAAAAUGUGUUUUUAAACAUUUUGGCCUUCAAAAUGCAGUAACGACAUAUCUAAAUGAACUGCUUGGAUCAAAACGCAGUCAAGUUAUUAAUAUAGCCAGCCCUGGUGAUUUAACAAAUAAGGCGGAAGGAACUCUUUAUCUACGGUGAAUAUAUGUAUAAAUAUAUAUAUUUUGUUUUUGCUAUAUUUUUUUUUUUGUACCAUUGUGUUUUUCAGCACAUCGUACUUGAAUUACCUCGUUUUUGUGACAUCAUGAGCUGUAUGAAAAAAAAAAAAAAAAGAUGAUGCAUUUACUUUCUUUUGUCAGAAAGUGAUGUCACAAAAUGGUGACGUACAGAGGGGGGGGGGGGGGGGGGGAGGGUGAGGAGUAAUUCAGUGCCACAGUGAAAAUAGCAAUUAUGUUUUGAUUUUUCAUUGUACUUUGUGCAUUAUUGUUACCAAAACUGGUAUUUUUGCAUUUAAAACAUUAAAGAUUUUAUUUUUGAUUUUAUUUUGGCAUUGUUUUGGAAGCUACCUCCUGUUUUUUUUUUUUAUUUUUUUUAUUGUUGCAAAAGCACAUUCUGCAGUAUUUGUGUUUUGCUUUGUGAUGUCAUCGCAAUUUCAUCUCAUGCUUUAUAUCCAGUCGUAUGCUGUUUUUUUUGUUUUUUGUUCGUUUACCUAAUUUAGCAACAUUUAUAUAAAGAGUUAGAAAGGUAUUUAGUUUUAGAUAGGACAAAAGGGAAAAAAAACUGGUUUGUUUAUGGUUGUCCUCCUCUCGUUUCAAUUUAUCGGUGGAAAAAUGUUUUUUGAAACCUCAAGACUGGGUAACAGUUGAAACGGGAGGGCUUUACAGUAUAGUAAAAGUAUACUACUUUUAAAGAGAGUUGAAAAGAAGUGUUAAACUUGAAAUAUGUGAAUAGAAUUGUAGUUUUGAAAUAAUGUGAAAAAGUAGGUUCAAGGUUAUUGAAUCUGUAAGGGCAGGUCAAGUAAGCAUUAAUGCAGCGUGUGUUGAACAGUGGUGGACUGCAAGUGGUUAUCAAAAAGAAAGAAAUGGUAGUUAACAAGUUCCUUGAGGCGCACGGAUUCCAGUACUAGAGCCCGCAGAACCCAUUUGAUAUAUAAAAUUGUGAUAUUUUUGUAUUAAUUGUCAGUCCCUUUUUCCAUUCGUCAUGUUUUCAGCAGGGUAGUAUGUAUCUUUGUUGCCCUGCCCCGUUUUUUUUGUAAUGUUGAACAUAAAUGUGUGUGAAAAUGUAGUAUUCAAUGUUUCAUUCCAGGGGUAGUAAAAUCAGAGCGGUACUGAAUCUAACUGAAGUUGAGACAUUGGAGUAUGAUGCUGCUGAUUUGGUUAAACACAACAUACAUUGAUAAUUAUACUUGAAAAGGCUGAGGGAAGAGGGAUGUAGAGUACAAUACAUACAUUCAAUCGCUGUGACUGGAAAGCACACUAAACCCGGUUUUGUCAACAUGGUGUUUUACAUCUGUUUGACAGCUCCGUUAAGUCCUGUGCCACACUGCCCAACACUAGUAUGAUGGAUUCCUUUUUAAAGGAAGUGGUUGUCCUUCUUUUAAAUAGAAAAUAUACCACCACAAAAUCAGCCAGCAUUAUACAAGUAUUUUCGAAUGAAAGACAAAGUAACAGGUGACUUAGUGUUGAUUUGGUUCUGCCUACGAUGUGACUCUGGAAUUUGCUUAGCUGUUUCUUUAAACUUUGUGCCUAAAAUGUUCAACAGAAUGUCCAUGUAUAACUGUGUAGCGUUCCUGUACCUUCAGAAUAAGUGUGUGUGUCAUCUAAUGGGGGUGUCAUGAUAAAAAUAAAAAAUACAAAUAAAAAAAAAAUACAUAAAUUGCAAAUUCACAUCUUUUGCGAUUGGAUUCCAAAGUAUUUUUUCAAUCUGUUGGCUGUCAUUGAAACAAUACAGAAUGUGUCGAUUUUAGCACUCAAGUAUUUCCAAUAUCAGUUUUCAUUUAUUCUGUUGCUCACCCUUUUGAGUGAUAUAAUUAAUGCUGCAACAAAGCUCAGCACAGUCUUCUGGUGCCAACAAUCAAUUUGAAAUGUUAAAAUGGGAGCUUUGAAAACAGGAUUCCGCUGUAUAGCAAGCACUCAGACAGAAAAAAAAAAAGACAGCUUAUUCUAAACGUUUCAAGAAAUGUUUAACGAUGCAAUGUAUGUUAAACUAUAAAGCUCAACGACAGCAAUCUCUGAUACCUUUCACCAAAACAAAAAAUGUACAUUUAUAGAAGUUAAGUUAUGGAGUGCAUAACCAACUGUUUGCCAAAACUCUUUUCAGGAACUCUGCUUUGGUGUAGCCCUUAUUUCUUGAAGGACCAGGGUAUUCUGGUCUUAAGGCACCCACAUCGUACUGAAGUGUCGUCUUCUUCCAAUGCGUUCUGCCAUGCAGCUUGGCAGCCUUUUUUUUUUGCAGACACACAAAAUGGGAAGAAUCUUGGUGCAGUCCACAAGUAAUGCACUCUAUAGUAAUAACAAAAACCUAUAGUCAAAGUUAUCAUGACAUCCCAGGAGGUCAAUCACUGUGUUCCAGGGUGGUGUGCAAGAACGAGUAGCCAUUUCAUGCAGUGGUGUCAUGCAUGUGCCAUUCAUCUUUAGUCUCUGAAAAUGUUCAGAUAAUGAAACGCCAAGGUAUCCUUUUUUAUAUAUAUAUUAUAGCACUGAGGACCAAUUGCCCUGUCUGACCAAGUGUAAAAGCUUUUGUUUGUGUGUUUUGCUGGUCUGUUUUUUUUUUUUUUUGUGCGAUGGCACAAGUGCCAGUCUGCUCUGUAUUAUUAUUAUUAUUGUUAUUAUUAUUAUUUUUUAAAUUGAUAUUAUAGUUAUGUCUACCUCAGCACCUCUUCUAAGCCUAAUCUUUGAAGGUGCCAAAUGUAUUAUUGUUAUUUUCUUCUUUUUGUCAUUUGGUUAACUCUGUAUGAAGUUUAUUUGCAUUAGUAGUUUGCAAGGUCCUUUUGUCGUCUUUACCAGUACAAAAAAAUGCUGUCUUCUAAGUGCUGCAGUGUGAAGUCAUGGCUGCAGAUCCUGUGUUUUAUUUGUUAUUUCUUUAAGUGUAGGUUCAGACACAUCUCUGUGUAACUUUUCAGUGUUUCUCUGAUGGCGUGUGGAAAAAAAAUGUAAAAGAAAUAAGAGAUCUAAUACUGCAGGUUUUGUUUUCUCCAUGUUGUCACUAAGUGAAGUUUGUGCCUUCAGUAGCGAAAGAGAAUAUUUUUUACAUCCUACUAACAGUAGAUUUUUUUGUAGUGAACAUUUUUUGUAUUUUUAUUUAUGAGUCUCAUAAGGAAAAUAACAAUGUUCAGUUGUAUACCUUGAAUCUGCAGUUAGAAAAAAAAAUAAAUAAACAAAAUGGACUUAA